AUGUUCGCCCUCGAAGAACCUAAGUCGAAAAAGCGACAACGGUCCUCACCAGAGCCUGGGGAUCUUGAGCCGGAGCCGGUAGCAAAGAAACAGAAGCCUCUUUCGGCAAGCCGUGACCUCCCUCGCCGGCGUCCUCCCAGCUUCUGGGACACGUUGUCCAAAAUUCGAUUGAGUCGCGGCGCUCUCCGGGAGUUUGACCGCAGGAACAUUGAAGAGACGAUUCAGUCUUCUGGCACACUCGCACAGAAGGUCGAAUAUCCCACAGGGCGUGGUCCCCUACGGCUCAAGAGAUUUGCUCGACGUGGUGGGCCUGAUCUAUCCCACCUUCGAGGGCUUGCCAGCUUACCUCUGAUCCUUGACAGAAUGAGUGGUUAUACCAGUUCCUCAAGCGGGAAACGGUCUUCCGCCUCCUCGAGGCCGAGCGACUAUACCAAGACCACCUCUACUAAGACCACCCCGUAUAGCGGCAAUUUUGAGCAAAAAUUGAUCGACAUUGGCAUCUACCCCGACGAAUAUGAAUACGCGGAUGGACGUCUAACACCUGAGCCUGCGAAUUUGAGCGAUAUCCAAGCCGCACAACGCGUCGCUCGGGCAUCUCUGUCACCUUCCCGAUUCAAAGAGGAACACUUCAAGGCUUUCAAGCGGGCAAAUGCAAGAGCAAAAGGCGAGACUACUGGAAUGUAUAAUGUACUCCCUUUCAUCACCGGAAAUGAGGCGGGCCAUCGUUUCGAGAUGGGUUUGCCAUUGAGCAACCUGACGCCGUUCGACAAAGAUCUCAGCGACCCCAUGCCCGACGUCUAUCAUGGUGCGCCGCCAGCAACUAUUCAUCCGCGCGUCCGUGCUGACUUGGGACCUUAUAUCAUUCCAUCGACAGCCGACACGACUCGUCCGGCUGCUCCGAACUUCUUCGUCGAGGGCAAAAGCGCUCAAGGACGUGCGGAUGUGGCAAAGCGACAGGUCCUGAUUGAUGGAGCUAUAGGAGCUCGAGCCAUGCACCAACUCCAGAACUACAAGGCUGAAGAGCCACAAUAUGAUAACAAGGCACGAAGUUUUAGCGCAACGUACCAAGAUGGCUAUCUUCGGACCUACGCGACGCACAUUACCGCGCCUUCCACUCCUGGAGGGGAGCCAGAGUAUCACAUGACUCAAACGAACUCAUAUGCAAUGACAGGAAAUGCCAAUAGUUUCCGGGAAGGGGCUACUGCCUACCGCAAUGAUCGAGAUCUAGCAAAGACAGAGCGGGACAGCUCCAUUGCUCAUGCCAACCAGGUGGCCCGCCGAAUGCCUGCCCCCAGCCCCAACACAAGCUGCACGACCAGCCGCACAUCCCGUUCGAUGGUCUCUGUGGCCGGAUCGGACACCUCUGAAGACGAGCUGGCUCGCGAUGAGGUGACGCCAGUCAAACGCCUGAGACCAACUGCGGCGUCACCCGCAGGCUACAAAUCUGCAACCAGACGAGAGGGACGCAUGGCUUCUUUUGAAAGCACUAUGGCUAUUAGCAGAGCACCCUUGAACUCUCCGAGGACCACCAUGUCGACAUCCAGACAUGGUAGACAGCCAUCCAUGGAAGAAACCACAUCGAGGCAGCCGACUAUUCACACACGGCGCAGUGCAGACAAAUCCUCCAAGGAAAACCCUCCUGAGCCAUCCAGGCAAUCUCAAAGCACACAUGACUCAGGACGACGUUGUCAGUCGCGUCCCAUGACUGAGGUCAGCUCGAAGCGGAUGCGCUAUAAGAAUGAGGCUGGUUGGUGUGUACAGCACCAGGGUAAGUCAAUCUUUGUAGCAGAUUCGGAAUGGACGUAUUGCGAGCAGGGUGGGCGGCCGGUUCUCUACUGUGCUGAUCUCAAUGUCUUUACGUAUCGUUCGGAUGGCAACAAGCGUCGGUGA